AUGGCGUUUGGCUUAAUUGACCAAGUUAUAUUUUAUGGUACAAUUUCUAUUAGUUUAGCUAUCGGGGCGUAUUUUGGAUUUUACAAGAAACCUCAGUCUGCUGAUGACUAUCUCCUGGGUGAUCGAAAGAUGAAGGUAAUCCCGGUUGCGCUCUCAGCGGCUGUCAGUCAUGUUUCAGGGGCGUUAUUGUUAGGCCAGAGCGCCGAUGUUUACGUGUACGGUGUAAAUGCGACUUGGAAUAUACUGGCAUGCUUACUAAGUAGCGUUAUUAGUGUCUUCCUCUUCGUGCCGGUGGUAACCAAGCUAAAUAUUUCGAACUCUUUCGAGUACUUAGAGUUGCGAUUCGAUAGAAGGAUUAAGAUCAUGGCAUCCUGCGUUUAUACAAUGUACCUUUUGCUGUACAAUCCAGUUGUGGCGUACGUUCCAGCAAUUACUUAUUCGCAAGUCACUGGUGUAAAUCCACAAAUCGUGGCUCCCAUUUUGUGCGUAAUCUGUGUAUUUUACACUACCGUCGGAGGAUUUAAAGCGGUGGUAUGGACGGACGUAUUUCAGUUUCUUGGAAUAAUGACGGGCAUUUUUAUGGUGAUUGUGCUCGGAGUAACGUCUGUAGGUUUUGAUGUGAUUGUAGAUAGGGCGGCGCAUGGUCAUCGGUUAGACCUUAAUUUCAGCUUCAAUCCUACGUUGAGAGAUGGAUUUUGGCAUAUUAUCAUUGGGGGUACGACCACUUGGAUAUUCAGCCUAAGUUUUCAUCCAGUAACUGUGCAAAGAUAUUUAUCGCUCUCUAGGUUUUCCAGCGUUCAAAGAGUAAUGGCUAUCCAAGCUUGUGUAAUAGGACUAUUAAUUUUCAUUUGUUCCGUUGUUGGACUUAUUAUGUAUGCCACAUAUAACACCUGCGAUCCUAUUACGACAGGUGAGGUGUCACGUGCUGAUCAACUUCUACCGUAUUUCGUGAUGGAUGUUGGCCGAGGCAUUCCUGCACUCUCCGGUGUUUUUCUUGCUGGAAUCUUUAGCGCUUCCUUAAGUACUCUCUCAUCAUCGUUCAAUACGAUGGCGGCAAUAAUAUAUGGAGACAUGUUAGCGCCGUUCCUAUCCAGAAAUUUCUUGCAUGGUAAAGAAACUUGGAUUUUAAAACUGAUUGUAGUUAUAUUGGGGGCAGUUACCACAUGUUUUACCGUACUUAUAGAGCGAAUGGGAGGUGUAUUCCCACUUGUUAUUGCCCUUUUAGGUCUCGUGUACGGAAUACUUGGUGGAAUAUUUUUGCUUGGAGUACUAUUUCCUAAGGCCAAUUCACUGGGCGCUUUACUAGGCACAAUUACAAGUACUUUCGCUAUUGGUACAAUUGCAGUAUUGAAUCAUUGGUACAGUUUGCAAGGGGCAAAUGAAAAGUUCAUUAAACCAAUUUCAGUGGAAGGUUGCUUGGUUCCUACAAAUGUGACGUUGGUUAGAAAACAUUUAGAGCAUGAACCGUUUGUACUCUUUCGCAUCUCUUUCUGGUACAACUCGGUAAUGGCUGUGUUGGUGGUGAUCAUUGUUGGUCUUCUUGUAAGUUGUGUUACAAAGCAAAGUACUGUUGAUCCAUCCCUGUUAAGUCCAAUAAGUCGGACGGACUGCAGCAAAAGAAACUGUAGACAAAAAUACGUUGCUGGACUAUCGCAGAGUGAUCAAACCGUUUACAACUUCCAACGAGAUGUGUAG